GCCUAUUGCUGUUUCCUGCGGAAAAGGAAGGAGAACGCGGAAGAAAACAAAACAAGCAUGGAGACGAAGGGUAACUCAACAGAAAUUUUACAGGGUCAUUUUCAUUAUAAAGUACUUCCAGGUGGCGGAUUUGACAGAAGCAAAGUGGUUUGUAGCCACUGCCAAGCUGAAUUUUCUUAUCACAGGAGUACUUCCAGUCUAAAAUAUCACCUUAACGCGAAGCACACUUGAUGCGAGCAAACCAUUCAACAAAGCAGAAAGUGGAGCCAGGCUUCAAAUGCAGGGUGCGGGAGAAGUAUAGAUAAACGAGAGCAAGAGAAACUAACAAAUGCCAUAGCGAAGUGGAUAAUUACAGACUGUAGGCCCAUUAGUGUUGUGGAAGACGCGGCCUGAGAAACAUUGUGUGAAUCGCAACAAGUGACGGCACGGAUGAGCCGCCAUCAAGACGCACCAAGAAUACACGACUUGUAUGAAAAGGAGAGGACUGUAAAAGUGACAACCUUUACAACCUGCAGCUGUAGUUGCUCUCAGUGGGGACUACUGGACAUCAAUCGGUUGGAAGAGGCUCUGUCUGACUGUGUCUGGGCACAGAAACACUUAAGAGGAAACAAUGUCAUUGACUACAGACAACCUGGACUGCACUAUAAGCUGAACAGCUGGCCGGUGUCACAUAACGCAGCUGCUGUGUACUGUCAAAUGGAUCAGUGGGAGCAAGCAAAAGAUGUUCUCAUGGCGAACAAUCAAGGCGGGAAUCUAGAGAUGGCUUUGGACAUGAUUCUGGUGAUUUCAUCUACGAUACCCAAUGACGAUUUUGGGGUAUUUGAACCUCUCAGAUUGCAGAAACCUGGUUUUUAUCAGCCCAGUGUGGAUGGGGCUCAGCAUUCUCGCUACAUGUGUAUGGCUCGAGGUCCGGGUCAGUUGACCGUGCCAGGAGGUGCCAAGGUCUUUAUAUUUGGAGAAGAGGACAGGGAUGGAAUGGCAACUGUCAUAUAUGAUGGACAGAGAGGACUUGUGCCAGCAUCUCUGCUCAAGCCAGCAGAUAUAAAGACAGCCGAAGGCAAAACUGCAAAUACACUUCCGACUGGGAUCCCCCUCCCUCCAGGUCUAAAGCCACCCACUCGUCCACAAACCAGAUCCAGUUCUGCUACUCCUACUUGGGAACACCUGAUCUCCGACACACCACCACCACCCUACGCAACCGCCACCCGUAUUCAACCGUCAGCCUCAACACUUCCCGGGUACACAGCCAAUGCAGCCAGCAAGCAGGUGUGUGGGCUGACGGUGGCAGCUGAUGGGAGUGAGGACCAGCUCAUUUACUGCUUCAAGAAGGGACAGCCAUGUCAGGCAGGCAGAGAGAUGCUGUUGAGGGCUAGACAGCAGGCUGCUGCUGUGGUUCUGGAAGAGGAGGAGAGUGAUGAGGAACAGCAGUUCCUCAAUGAACUUGUGAUUGAAAAGGAGGAUGAUGAUGAUGAGGGGGGUGAGGGAGAGGAGGAUGAUGAGUGGGGUUGAGUUGCAUUUGGGGUUGCGUUUGCUGCAGUAUUAUUGUUUUGAUGGUUUUAUAGAGUACUUGGUACCAUAAUUGUAUUUUUCCUGUAUGCUGCUUUAUUUAAAACUUGGAGUACUGUAGCCUUUAUUUUAUUUAAGUGACAGUAUUAUUGUUCUGUUUUGA